GGUGCGCCACCGCAGAGCACGAGACCCGGGCACCCGCACCGGCCUCGCGAACCGCGCGCUCUGCGGUGAUUCCGAAGCCUCGCACCGAAAAAAUCUGCGGUUGCGGCGGGCGACAUUGGCUUUCCACCCCUUCAAAAUUUUCACCGGGGCGCGGGGCCCUCCUGAAAGCGAACGCCAUGUUCAGGAGGAAGAAGGAGCCCAGCGAAGCCCAGAAGGCCAAGGACGCACGUGAAAAGAAGAAGCUGGCGCUGUUCCUCACUCCAAAUCCUCCGACCCCGCCCCUCAAGAAGCGAACAACGAGGCAACCUCUGAAGCAAGGCAAUGCGGUUCUUCCUCGUGGAGUCGAAAACGACUUCGCCAAAGAUUCAGAGUCUUCGUCUGAAACCUCAUCUGCCAGCAGCGAUACCAGCACAAGCGGUUCCAGUUCUGACAAAAGCGAAGAAGCUCCAGCCUCGUCGCUAACCCCGGACUCCAGCCCCGAAGCCCGCGCGCAGGCACCGCCGCUCAAGUCCAGCCUCAAGUCCCUCGAAAAUCCGGAGGUGUUGCACGUACUCUCGAAUCCAGGCCAGCAGGAGUCAGCUUCAAACAAGAUAGUGAAGAAAUCAAAUCUAAAAGAAAGCAUAAAGAAAAAAACAAAGCGGCCGCCUUGUCAGGUCCACGGCGUUCAGCGGCGGUCAUCACGCCUGCGAAAGCACAACGAAAAAGCCGAUAAGUCGGCCUCUGACAGUGUUGAAGAGUGCAACUUGGCCACGUGAGCCUUUCAUCUGGACCAUGGAAAUGCUGCAGAAACUGAUGCAAUACUGCGCGGCGGAGCCUCACUGAUACGUCGGGGACCGGCUGUUCCCGCCUUGACAAUUGACGAAUAAAUGGUGCAGGCAGUA